AUGGUUGCGACACCCUGGACCCUACUUCGUCUCAUGGAUGAGUGCGAGAAUGCGGAGAACGAGAAUUCCAGCGAUGAAGUCUUCAUCCCCACUACUACGAUCGAAUUGCUGACAUCGGAAGAGUGCGUCAGUGACAUCCUCAAGGAACGAAACUGUCCAAAUCAGGAUGCCUUGAAGAAACGGAUCUAUGAUGAAAAAUGCCCUGCGAAGAUUAUCUUUCUCAUCUUGGCUCGAGCUGGCAAGCUAGAUCAUCUUCGAUGGACGCGCGAAGGGUACAGAUUCAAAAGUGUGAAAGAUUCAAACUGGACCACUGCUCCCUUUGGAGCAGGAAUUGACUAUAACGAUGUCGACUAUUUCAUACAGAAGCAAUGGCCAUUCUUAGCCCCUAUCUUUGAGAAAGGAUUCGAAUAUGUGCUACAACAAAAGGUUCCUUUACCGUUGGUCAAGAAAGGCACUCCUAUUGUCUCAGGUUUUAGUUCCGUUUCCAAGAUAGAGAUGCACCCUGCCCACGUCCCAGAGCAGACAGAACACUUAAUGGCCAUGAAGCAGAUGGAGCUGGAGAGUGAAGAUCAGAUCAAGUAUGUCAAAAAGGAGAUGACUAACGUGAAGUCCCUUCGAUUGCUCCAUCACGACCAUCUUGUCAAAGCAAUUCUCGCCUGCACUAGAGGAAAGCAUGCCUUUUUCUUCCCAUGGGCGAAGGGGAGAGAACUGUAUAAAUUCUUGAAAACCAAUUCGGCUCAGGGCAUGGCUGCUAUCAUAUGGAUGCUGGAUCAAAUGAUCGGACUCUCUAGCGCCUUAAGUCUAUUGGCAGACAAAGGAUAUCGGCACGGUGACCUCAAGCCUGCCAACAUCCUAGUGUUCCCUGAAAAAUCUGGUAGUGGCCGCCUAAAGAUAACAGACGUUGGGCUCUCGAAGCUUCAUAUCCUGGCAACAAGCAGGCGACUAAACGGCACGACUGCCAAGGCUACCACGAGGCGAUACAGCCCCCCAGAAUUUGACCUCUUGUUUGAUGAUGAUGGGGAGCCAGCAGAAGACUCCGAUGACAUCAAGCUAUCACGCAAGUUCGACAUUUGGUCUCUCGGCUGUGUCUUCAUCGAGUUUCUCUUCUGGGCCAAACUGGGCCCGCAAAAGUACAAGGACUUCGACCGGUCUAUGAAAAGGGACCGACGUUUCUGGGACUCUGCACAGGAAGACCUUGACAUCAAGGUUAAAGAGCGAAUACAGAGCUUGCAGGGUGAAAUUAAGGACACAACAGGUGACAAGGUCAUCCAACGAAUUCUUACCUUGGUUAUAGAGCAAAUGCUCCUCUUCAGCAGCGAUGAUCUCAGUAGUGCUUCGGAUAUCCACAAGGAAUUGCAAGAUAUAAAAGAUAGUUACAGUGAGUAUCUCAAACCGAGUAACGUGAUUGAUUUGCCUCUAGGCCUGACUGCCGAGCAGGCCGCCGAGUCCGACCCUCGUCAAAAUGGUCAGGGUCCACCAGACGGAAGCAACGCCAUGAGUCGAAGCGCUCAUGAGCUAUCUGGUAUCCAAAACAAGGGCUUAAGUACUAAAGCUAUCCCUUCGGGGAAUACCGCUGCUAUGGCCCAAAGCGCCAAGCUACUUAACCAAUGGACGGUCAGCCCAGACAACGAGUUUGCACAGAAAUUCUUCUCCGAGACUCCCCGGUCCAUACCAUCAGACAGAGGUCAACUGUGUGACUCGUGUUCAAGGCUUCGAAUCUGGGAGCCCAAUGCUACAAUAUCUGGCAUAACGAGGGACUUUGGCUCUCCUGCGUCGGCAUGUGACUUGUGCAAUCUUCUAUACGCCGUCUCGCAAAAGAUUGGCCUUCAGGAAGAUCAGGAAUUACAAUGCGUUAGGAACGGCCCUACACUCAACUUAGAUGGGCGCGACGGCCCGCCAAUCCUGUCUCUGUUCUCCGAUCCCGCCUUCAAUGACCAUGAUCUUGGAUCAGUUCAAGUGGGAUAUCCAACUUUGUCCCCCCCAGAAAGUCCUGAGCGGUAUCGUCUAUUCCAAGAGCGGCUCCAUGUAUGCGAUAAUGAGCACGGCCAUUCACGAGACGCAUCUUCUCUCGACUGUGCUGUCCUGAUGCCCACUAGACUGAUUCAUGUGGGUGAGUCGAGUGAACACUUGGAGGAUAUCAAAGAUUCUGGCUUUCUACGUUAUCUUGCUCUUAGUCACUGCUGGGGAGGCAGCGCGAGCUUGUCUACCUUGACUAAAAACAUCGAUCAAUUUCGCAACGAGAUACCGCAUGAACAGCUGCCGCUUAACUUCCAGGAAGCCAUCAAAGUCACGAGAGCACUAAAGAUCUCGUACUUGUGGAUAGCUAUGGGAUAA